GCGGUCAGCGGGGCCGGCUCCGUGCGCUGCCUCAGGGCUCCCGGCCGGGACCAGCCCCCUCCUGAUCGGCGGGGCACGGGCGGCGGCAUCGACCACCGCCGGCCGGGGGAACAGAAGAAAAUCAAGCCCCAGAAAAGCCUCUCAGAACAUCGGCACCUGUUACUGGACCUACCUGAACACAGAAAUCAAGGGUAAAAUGCACACACCGAAAAUUACUAUGAAGGCAUGUAUAAGAACCAGUCAACAUCCACAUCUUGUCACAUUUAGUUCUGGAUAUCAACAAAGCAUUGCUCAGGAACCAUCAGCAUCCAGAGUACAGAUAACAGCCGGAGAACAAAGAGCUCACACUCAAUUGAGGAUCCUUCAGGAAGUUGUGAGUGUUGACACAGUUAAGGGGCUGUUACGAGUACUUCUUUUGAAUGUGGAAAGCAGAGCAUUAAUAACAGCAAGAAGUUUCUUAUUUCUUUUGUCUGAGCUCCAGAGUUACAUAUGCUACAAGAACUUGUAGAUUUAAAGGUAUGCGUUGUAUACAAGUGAAUAAAAAUACAGCCCUAACAUUUGUAAUGUAUCUGCUUUUGUUCCUUAAACAGUAACAAUACAACACAUUUUGUUCAGAAUUAUUUUAUUUGGAUUAUAGCAAUUAGUAUCACUGAUCAGUUGGCCAAAUCCAGGCAGAGAGCACAGAAUCAAUUUCACAAGGCAAAAACACAGACUAGUAUUUUAGCAUACAAACCAUUUCACUGCAUUAUCAAGUUGAAGUAUCUUUCAACCAUGCAUAAAAAAAUCUAUGCUUAGUCUUUCAGAGCUCCAGGUAAUACCAGAUUCCUAAAUAUACAAAAAAUACAUUUAACUUAUAAUAAUCUUAGUGAAUCAGACUUAUAAAAUUACAAUUUUAUUCUUCACAACAUAGAAAAAAAUACAAAAAUGACUGUAUAUAGUUUUCACCCAAGUUUCACUGACAUAUACAUCAAAAUAUAUGAUUUGAUGUAUACUCAUGAAAAUUUUAAGCUGAAAGAUAGGUUUUAAAAUGACACUGCAGAUUGGUCCACACAAAUGCCAACCUUCAUAAUGAUAAGGAAAAAAACCCUCUGAUAAAAAUAUCACAUUGUGAAAAAUUACAAUUUACCUGCACUGUAACCUGCAUUCUUACUGUAAUUUACAAAUAUGAACAUUUCUACAAUUCCAGUUGUAAACUAGACACUGGUGAUAACCUUGGUCUUUUGGAGGGUAGUGACUAACUCAGAGCUGGCAGGGUGGAACAUAAAGUGCUGUCAACUGAACCAGCGCACACAACAGAGUACCAAAGCAGGGGAGGCCUGCUGGUUGGGAUAUGGGGAUAGAGAACAUGCAAGCCAAGUAAACAGCCUGUGGGGAAAAUAAACCCCCCUGCAUCUGUGACACAGCACCAAUCAAAGCUUCUAUUACAGAGUUCAUGGAAACCACUACAAUUUCAGUGACAGAUGAGGGGCAACUUCUUUCAUAAAGAGCAGAAACCCCACAUGUGUCAGCAAAGUCAGUGUUAGGGAACAACCCAAACAGUUUUAGGGCAUCACACUACAGUUCUCUCUCAAGAUCAUCUUCCAGUAAUUUCCAUGGAAGAUAAAUUUGAAAAAGCACUGCAAGAUGAAACACUGAAUUUUUGUACAUAGUAACUGUAUCUUCAGACUUCAGAAUAUGAUUUGUAAAUCAAUUUUGCUGGUAAGAAUUCUUACUGUGAAAGCAACUUUUUUUCUUUUGAAAGGAAAAGUAACUCCAUUUUCUUUUGAAAGGCCAUAGUUUAUUUGCAUUUGGUUCAUAAUUGAUACUUUCAAUUAAAGCAAAUAUUCUAUAAAACUGAUUCAGCAAAGGUGUUGGUUGUAUAGAAGCUUUCUCACUGCUGGCAGCUUGCUCUGCUUUUCCAUGGUGCCAGAGUUAUCUGCUAUAGAUCUGUACUGUAUCUGUCUCAUCAACAGAGCCAGGAGUUUGUUUCAUGCAGGAGUAUUACACACCCAUUUUUUAUCUCCAAAUUGGACCAACAGAUUUGAAACCAAAUCUUUUAUUUGGGCACAGAAAUCAAAUUAAGAAAAGUUCAGGAGCUGAGCAUUGACAAUAUCCAGUAACCUAAGUACAUGAGGAAAUCAGAUCUUUUAGAUGACAUCCUUCAGAAAUACUGACAUUAACUUCUUUAACAGCAAGUAUAAGCAAAAGGAGAUGUUUUGUUCAGAGGUGGAAGUUUACACUUUCAAACAAUGAGUUCAGAAUAAUAUAACAUUUCUCAGAUCACUACAACAAAGCACAUAACCUAAUA